GCUCUUUUGGUUCACAGCGGAAAAGACGUCUGGAUGUUCUUGCUUCAACAGUGAUUGAACGGAACGUCUUUCGUCCUUUUGUUUUGACUUUACAGCCGUGCCGUACUCGUUAGACGACAAAGUAGCCUUUUUGUUUUUGUACUUUCUUUUGUAAGAAAAGCCAAAACACGCCAGCUAAGAUGGAGUCUCAAGUGCGUCAGAACUACCACCGCGAAUGCGAGGCCGCCAUUAACCGAAUGGUCAACAUGGAGCUGUUCGCCUCCUACACCUACACUUCGAUGGCCUUUUACUUUGACCGAGACGAUCUAGCCCUCCCAGGCUUUGCCCAUUUCUUCAAGGAGAACAGUGAGGAAGAGAGGGAGCACGCCGACAAGCUGCUGUCCUUCCAGAACAAACGAGGUGGACGCAUCUUCCUCCAGGAUGUCAAGAAACCAGAGCGUGAUGAGUGGGGGAGCGGGCUCGAAGCCAUGCAGUGUGCCUUGCAGUUGGAGAAAAAUGUCAACCAGGCUCUGCUGGAACUGCACAAACUGGCCUCCGACCACGUGGACCCUCAUCUGUGCGACUUCCUGGAAAGCCAUUACCUGAACGAGCAGGUGGAGGCCAUUAAGAAGUUGGGCGACUACAUCAGCAACCUGAGCCGCAUGGAUGCCCAAAACAACAAGAUGGCAGAGUACCUGUUUGACAAGCACACUCUGGGCAGCAAGAGCUAAAUGCUUUUUGAAAGCCUGCUGCCGCCAUCUUAAGCUGAAUGGGCCUCGACAUUCAUUCUGUACCUCUGGUUAAGGUUUUUGUGGCUGUUUGGCAGUAUUCUGAAUAAAGAUGUUUGAGCUGGA